UACAAACAAACGCUGAAUUCGGAGAGUGACCUAAGAAUUGAAAGCGCGAUUAACGCUGCCCGACACUGUUCGACGCCUGUCCUUAACCAACGAAGCUUCAAUUACCCUUUCUCCAACCACAACGGCUAACCCAUACCCAUAACCACAUGCUGUAACACAACACAACACAACACCCAACACACUCUUCUUCAAAUAUUUUAACCAUUUUUCACUCUUUUUCUUCCUAAAUAAAAAUUAAAAUACCAGUGUUAUUCUGUGUUUUGUUUUUCUGUUUUUGCUGCUUGUGUUUAUGUCUCUGAUUGUGUGUGGAGGCUACACUAUUGAUGACUCUACACUACACAACACAACACAAAAUCCAACCAACAGGGUUAUAAUUUCCUCAACAUAAAUUCAACCCAGUUCUACUUGCUAUUGUUAUUAUUACUUGUAUUAUAUUUAUUGUUGUUCUUGUCCUCCUCUUCUCACUCCCAAAUCCCAAUUCUCAACCCCACGCCUCAUUCAAAGCUCAAAACCCAGAGAAUUAAUUCAACCAAUAGUUACAACUGGCAACUUAUACCCGUGUUCUUUUGUUUUUCUUUCUCUUUUUUCUUAUUUUUACAUGCUUGCUUCUUUCUUCCUUUUGUUCUUUUCAAUAUCAAACAACCCACACCCAUCCAGUUUUCUGAUAUGGAUUUUGGGCCACAAUUGAAGCUCGGGUCAGGUGCAGAACAAUGGCGGGUUUGUUCUCAUUAGGCGGAGGGAGAGGGAGUAACAACAACCAGCAAGACAACACUACCAACAACGAGAUUCCUGCGGCUGAGACCCUAUUCUGGUAUAGCAAAACUGACGACGUUUCAUCCUACCGAGGGUUCGAGCUAUGGAACCAGCAGCAGGAGCAGCAUGUGAUGCCCCCGCAUGCGCGGCCUCUCCUGCAGCGAGAUCUUUACUCCUCCGGUGUGGGACCCAGUCGAGGCGUCUCCGAUGAUCACUCCUCGUCUAGAUCAGCGUUUGUGGCUAUGCGCGCGGCGGAGGGUGGAAUAAGCUGCCAGGACUGCGGGAACCAAGCAAAAAAAGAUUGUCCACACAUGCGGUGCAGAACGUGCUGCAAGAGCCGCGGCUACGAGUGCCAAACCCAUGUCAAAAGCACUUGGGUUCCCGCUUCCAAACGUCGCGAGCGUCAGCAACAGCUCGCUGUCUUGCAAGAGCAGCAGCAACAACAGAGAGACCUUUCCAAACGGCCAAGGGACCCAACCGCUUGCACUCGUUUGCCCUCGUCAGGGUUAGAAGAAGGGCAUUUUCCAUCUGUGGUGAGUUCUCCUGCUGAGUUCAGGUGCGUGAGGGUUAGCUGCGUGGAGGAUGCUGAUGACAGGUAUGCAUAUCAAACGGCUGUGAACAUUGGGGGACAUCUGUUCAAAGGAAUCCUUUAUGACCAUGGUCCUGAGAAUAGCAAUAAUAAUAACAGUAAUAAUAAUAGUAAUAAUUACAUGGCCGGGGAGACCUCUGCUGGUGUUGGUGGAGCUCAGCCCUUGAACCUCACUGCUUCUGGCGUUGUCACUUCUUCUGGGGCACUUGUUGAUCCUUCCUCCUUGUAUUCCGCUCCGGUCAACACUUUCAUGGGUGGCAGUGGUACGCAAUUCUUCCCUCACACAAGAUCUUGAAAAAGGAAAAACAAUAUGGGGACUAUGCGGAUUGUAUUCCACAUACUUCUCCUUCACCAACUUUGUGUUUCUAUCAUUUGAUGUUAUUGUUCUUCAGAACGAGGCCUAGAGGUAAAUUUGACACUCAUAUUGAAGUGAGAGAGAAAAAAAAGAAAAAGAAAAGACAGGAGAGAACAAGAGAAAAUAUAUAUAUGGAUGUUUUUUUUUUGUGCAAAUUAUCAAUGCUUAGUUCAAAAAUAGAUCAUUCUUCUUCUCCUUGUUGCAAACCAGCUAAAGUUAUUUGUUUCUUAGCUUUGUACGAUUUAAGGACACAUCUGGUUCUAAUGUUGUAGUUUGGUGUAGAGUGUCUUCUUUUGUUUGAUCAGUUGCAAUAUUAUAGUAUUUUAUUUUUUAUAAUUUUUUCGAGCCCCUCUUUGGUGCUGAAUUAUAUCACUUUUGUUUGGUUGGUUUUGAACUUGGAAACUGCUUUUUUUUCCCUGUUUACAAGUCUUCUAUCUGGUUAAUUGAACUGGAAAUACAGUUUGGAUCUUUAUUUGGAUUGAACGACUAACCUCGAAGAAAACUUGUUUAGUUCCUUCAUAUUUUGGAUGGGGCGGGUCCAACCAUGCACGAGCAUAUUCAAGUUUUAAAGGUGAAAGAUCUCUCUCUCUUUCCCUCUUCCCAUGUGAUGAUACUGUAAUUCCAUUAUCUAACUUUGCAUAGACGUGACGUUGAAUUUAAAAUGGGAAAUAUUACUUAUCAAUGUGCUCAUAUUUAAUGCACAUGCAGGAAAACUAUACGUAUAUAGGGGAACACUGCAUUUUAUGUGUAAGGAAUACAGCAUAUGGCAUAACAUACUAGAGUAUAUUGUUGUUAAAGGAAAACUAAAAUAAGUAAAACAAAUAUAAAGGCUACGAUUUCUGAACUUUCCUUAACCUUCUCUUCUGAUCAAUGCAGCAUGCUCUCACCUCCUCAUGAAUGGUCACCCAGUUGUUUGAUCAGUUUCCAUAAACAGAUUUGGUUAUACUAUCAAUGAAAUACACAUGCUUUCAUAUGUAUCUCACGAUACAUUUUUUACUGACCCAAUUACAUAAUGUAUAGAUAACUGGCCCCAAAGUCAAAGCUUAUGAGAUAUAUUGUGAACCAUACAUAUUGUCCUUGAUCUGUGAAUACUUCAUUUAGAGCAAUUAUUAUGCUACAAUAAAUUUUUAUAACCAUCAGAUAAAAGCUGAAGAGAGAGACUAUGUACUUUAAUAAGUGAUGUAACAAAGAAAAACAAAAAAUAAUGUUGCAGAAAAAGUGUUUUUAAAAUAUUUACAACGUUUUUUUACAAGAAUCUUGCAGAUUUUAGGGAUUGUGGGAUCAUUGACUUGCGGUAAUUAAUAUGAUGGAAAAAUGACGGACAAAAUGAUUUUAUUUAUACAAUGAGGGAGCAAUCAUUUAUUUUUUCUAUUUUUA